AGUUGUCGGUGAUUCAGAAAUUUACAUUCUACUUCUUGGAUUGCAUAAUCACUAUACAUUUGCAUAAGAGUACCUUCUUCCAAAUGACUUCAAACCAAGAAGAACACAUUCUAAUACAUGAGCGUAGAAACAUCAAAUAUAAUCAGUUGAAUGUUGAUCAGAAGAGAACUUACAUUCAGAAGGUCAUUGAUAAUAAUAGAAAGAGGAAAAGGAAUGAUUUUUCUUGCAGUAGUAUCAAUAGCAAGCAAAAACGUAAGAUUGAUUUGUUUUGUGGAGCGCAACAGCGGGAAUAUGAGCAUGGAGGUCAAAUUAACCAUGAACCAGUAUGUUCUUUAUUACAUAAACUACGCACUCCAAAGUCUUGUUCAUUUUGUGGAGCAAAAAAGUUUGAACACGAACCACCAGCAUCAUGUUGCCACAAUGGUAGGAAAGAACAAGAUGUGCUCAUUGAAAUGAAAAAUAAUGGCACCUUUGUCGGUUAUAUAUGUCAGUCAGGUUCUUGGAUACUCUUCAGUUCAGUGGGUUUUGUGAAGAUAGCAGGGAUUUUCGAGAGGUGAGGACCGUCCAUGCUAACUGUUGCCAAAUUGUGAAGGCAAAGCUCGCUGAUCUCGCUGAAGCCUUGGAUGUGUGGAAGAGGUCUAAUGGCACGUUGAACGCUACAUGGCCUGCACAUGAAGGUUGCUCUAAGUCAUGGCAGAAAUAUGUCUCCAAACUCGAGCUACGGAAAAACAUAGAAAAGACUACGAUGCAGAACAAGACCUUGAUUAUCAGUGUACUGAGCAAAGAAUAUUCGGAGAAUAACGGCAUUCUAGACCUCUUUCUUCAGAGCCUUCAGCACACUACGGAUAUCAACUCCUUCAUCAGGCACUUCCUCUUUAUGGCAAUCGAUAAAGUAGACUUCGAUCGAUGCAAGCUACUAAACCUCCAUUGUCAUCGGCUUGUCGUCAAGGGAAUUGAUUUCUUUAAGGAGCAGCAGUCUACAAAUGAGGAACUUGACAAAGUGAUGUGGCAGAGGAUCAGUCUACUUGGACAUGUUCUCAAGCUUGGAUACAACUUCAUUUAUACGAUAUCAGACAGUUGAACGAAGUAUGUUGCUUGCAGGCAGCUCUUGCCACAAUGUCUUUCAUCCUUAAGCCGUUCCAUGAAUUUUUUUGGCUGGUGAAGCUGAAGUGUACAUGACAUUAAUUGCUAUGUUAGUGUGUAUAUGAAUAUGUUUCUCAUUUGUUACUCGUGGUGGUUGGUCCUGUUAUAUUACUCUUGGAACAUAUUCACAUGAUAUUUGUUUGCUAAUGAAAUUUAUUUAAAAAUUUA